AUGGCUUCCGGAUCACGAGACGUCAAGAACCAUCUCCUCUUCGAGAUCUCAACUGAGGUCGCCAACCGAGUCGGUGGUAUCUACUCGGUUAUCAAGUCCAAAGCUGCCAUCACAACUGCCGAGUAUGGCGAGCGGUACUGCCUCAUUGGUCCUCUGAACCGCCAUUCGGCCGCGGUGGAAGUCGAACAACUCGAACCUCAGGAUGAGGCGCUCAAGAAGACGCUCGCCUCCAUGGCCGAGCGCGGUAUCACUUACGUGUACGGACGCUGGCUUAUCGAGGGUGCCCCGAGGGUGCUCCUGUUCGACACCAAGACCGGUUACAAGCACUUGGAUGAGUGGAAGGGAGAUCUAUGGAGCGCUGCCAUGAUUCCUUGCCCUCCCGGCGAUGAUGAGACUAACGAGGCCGUUGUGUUCGGAUACCUGGUCGCUUGGUUCUUGGGGGAGUUCGUCAGCCAAGAAACCGAGAAGGCCGUCAUCGCGCAUUUCCACGAGUGGCUCGCAGGUGUAGCUCUUCCGCUUUGCCGCAAGCGCCGUAUCGACGUCACAACCAUCUUCACCACCCACGCCACGCUUCUCGGACGUUACCUGUGCGCAGGAUCCGUCGAUUUCUACAAUAACCUCCAGUAUUUCGACGUGGAUGCCGAAGCUGGCAAGCGUGGAAUUUACCACCGUUACUGCAUCGAGCGUGCCGCCACGCAUUCUUGCGAUGUCUUCACCACCGUCUCUCACAUCACCGCUUACGAGGCCGAGCAUCUGCUAAAGCGCAAGCCCGACGGUGUUCUGCCCAACGGAUUGAACGUUGUCAAGUUCUCGGCGAUGCACGAGUUCCAGAACCUCCACGCCCAGGCGAAGGAGAAGAUCCACGAUUUCGCGCGGGGGCACUUCUACGGCCACAACGACUUUGCUUUGGAGGACACCCUCUACUUCUUCACUGCGGGUCGUUACGAGUACCGGAAUAAGGGUGUCGACAUGUUCGUCGAGUCGCUUGCACGUCUGAACCACCGUCUCAAGACGUCUGGAAGCAAGACCACAGUUGUGGCGUUCAUUAUCAUGCCCGCCCAGACCCACUCCUUGACCGUUGAGGCUUUGAAGGGACAGGCGGUCAUCAAGGCGCUGAGAGAUGCGGUUGGAGUUGUUGAGCAGGGUGUCGGAAAGCGUCUGUUUGAGCGCGCACUGAGGUGGCACGACGGAGAGGACCUCCCGACCGAUAAGGAGCUCGUGAGCAACCAGGAGAAGAUCAUGCUUAAGCGCAGAAUCUUUGCCCUCAAGAGGAACGCACUGCCCCCCGUGGUUACGCACAACAUGGCCGACGACCUGACGGAUCCCAUCCUGAACCAGAUCCGACGGGUGCAGCUUUUCAACCACCCAUCGGACCGUGUCAAGGUCAUCUUCCACCCCGAGUUCUUGAACUCGGCCAACCCCGUGCUUCCCCUCGACUACGAUGAUUUCGUUCGCGGUACCCACUUGGGUGUCUUCCCCUCGUACUACGAACCUUGGGGUUACACCCCCGCCGAGUGCACCGUCAUGGGUGUCCCGUCCAUCACGACCAACCUUUCCGGCUUCGGUUGCUACAUGGAGGAGCUGAUCGAGAACGCGUCCGACUACGGUAUCUACAUUGUGGACCGCCGCAGUAAGGGUGUGGAUGAUAGUGUCAACCAGCUUGCCGACUACAUGUUCGACUUUGCCCAGAAGAGCAGACGGCAGCGUAUCAACCAGCGUAACCGCACUGAGAGACUCAGUGAUCUCCUGGACUGGAAGCGCAUGGGAAUGGAGUACGUCAAGGCCAGACAGCUGGCUCUGAGGAGAGCCUACCCGGCCGCGUUCGAGAACGAGGAGCCCUUCCCAUUCUUCGACGGUACCGAGCAGAAGGUUGCCCGUCCGUUGUCGGUGCCCGGCUCCCCUCGGGACCGCACCGGUAUGAUGACUCCUGGUGACUUCCCGUCAUUGCAGGAGGGUAUGGAGAACUUGGACACGGACGAUUACGUUGGCUGGAGAUUGCCUGAGGAGGAGGACACCGAUGACUACCCCUUCCCCUUGACCCUUCGGCAACCCAAGACGACCGGCACCCACGUUCUCAACGGCGCGGUACCUGCAUAA